ACCGCCUCCGUCUCAGAUCUGGAUAUCGACGCUAGAGUUUUGGGGAUCUAGAGUUUUGGGGAAAAAGGGAACUAACCACCUCAGACCACCGCCUCCGUCUCAGAUCUGGAUUGGGGAUCUAGGGGCGGAGACAUGGACGGUGGCUGUGUCGUCGCCGGAUUUCAGAGGGAGGCGAUGGCCUGAGGUGGUGCGCUAGAUAUGCUUUGCCAACAAGUUCACAUGAAUUAGUGUCAAGGAGAAAAAUAAAGCUGCUAAAUUUAUCCUUUCUGAGCUCCCUCAUCACUCAUCAAUGGCCAACGAGAUACUCCACGACUUCUUCCCUUUGCUUAGAGUCUACAAAAAUGGCCGAAUCGAGAGGCUAAUGGGCCAAGAAACCGUUCCCCCAUCUCUCGAUCCAGCCACGGGGGUUCAAUCCAAAGACGUCGACAUCGCGCCGGAGAUCAACCUCUCCGCCCGCAUUUACCUGCCGCCCAACGCCGACCGGAGCAAAAAGCUCCCCCUUCUCGUCUACUACCACGGCGGCGCCUUCAUCAUCGAAUCCGCUUUCUCUUCUCAGUAUCAAAAGCACCUCAACCACUUAGUCGCACAAGCCAACGACGCGGCGGGAGCCUUCGGCGAGUCUGGUCGAGAAAGAGGAGUCGGGGGGAGAGGGAUGGGCCAGAGAGAGAGAGAGGGUGAUCAUUUAGACAUGAACCCAUCAAUCAGACUAUAG